AAUGAAAUGAAACUCAUAGACAAAAAUGUCACAAGAGCGUUGACUAAAAUGUCAUCUCAGUCAAAACGACUGAGUCAGUUGGAAAGUAUAUAUGCUGCCUUCCUCCUCCUGCCCGCCACUCUCCAUCACUCACCGAUCAUCUCGCUCCUUCCGGUAGCCUCCGACCAAGAUUUCCCACAUCGCUUCACUCUCGCAGUUCUCAGCGACAAAAGGCAGAGCGUAUUGUUUUUAUAAUAGAAUUAGCAUUCCAUCCACCGAUCGGCGGGCGGCGGGCGGCGGGCGGCGGACGGAGACGGUGACGGGAGAAAGAGCGGCGAAGAAGUUGGAUGGAAGGGACAACGAAGGAGAUUUGAGGAGAGGGUUUCAUGGAAUUUAUAGUUUAAGAUAGUUCGAGCUGUUUGCUGCUCCAGAGCUGGAUUCUGGAGUCUACGAAUUAUAGGGAAGCUAUUUUAUUUGGGUUUUUGCUCAGGUAGCUUAAAGUGAUGGCUGGAAAUGUGAGGUUUGAGUCCUCAAACUCAGCUAUUCAAGACGAGUUGGCAUUUGGUGGGAGCUAUGGCAAUGGACAGAGGAUGAGCCAGACAAGUAGCAGUUUGGAUAGGUCUGGAAACUAUCGUGAUGGAGGAGAGAGCCGGAUGUUUGGUUUGGGUUCUAGUUCAUCCCGAGGUAUUGCUUCAUCAACUGGGGAUCUGCCUACACUAUCUCAGUUUUUAUUGUUGGAUCCUAUAAAGUUGGGAGAGCAAAAGUAUCCUCGUUCAGAAGAGUUAAAAAAGGUUCUCGAGAUGUCAUUUGGGACAAAUGUAGAAGACAGCUCAUUUGGAUCUGCUCGUGUGAAGCAUCCUGUGGCCGUGGAGGAGCUAAAGCGGUUCAGAGCUUGUGUCCUUGAAGCCUCUAAUAAGGCUAGGGUUAGGGGAAGAAGGAUGGAUGAUUCCUUGAACAAAUUGAACAAGUACUGUGAGUCCCAGGUCCAGAAGAAGCAAAUUCGGAACGAGAUCUUAACUGAAAGGCCAGUCGGGCCUAACAUGUUGAAGAAGGGAAGUCAGGUUCAUCGAAAUUCUUCAGAUGUUGUGAAUCAGAGACUUGAAGACAGGGCAAAAAACAACGUUCUUAACAAGCGGGUUCGGACUUCAGUUGCUGAAUUAAGGGCUGAAGGCCGGACUAACAAUGUCAUGAGGCAACCUCCUUCCUUGGGGAGAGAGAGAGAUUUGAUUAGAGAUGGAGGUGAAGCUUCUGAUCUAGUUGAAGAAAAAAUCCGCAAACUUCCAACUGCAGAAUCGUGGGACAGAAGAAUGAAAAGGAAGCGGUCUGUGGGUACAGUUUUAAACAGACCCUUGGAUGGUGAAGGAGAGCUUAAACGUGCCAUGCUUCAUAAGCUAAAUAAUGAGCCAGGACUGCAAUCGUCUGAGUCCCAAAGUGUCAGAUCAGGUUCUUCCAGCGGUAUUAGUGGAAUAAACAAGUGUGAUGGAAGUUCUCUGCCUACUAGUUCAAGUGUGCGGAUUAUUCCCAAGGCUGAGCCUGAAAAAAAGCCCACUCAUUUUAGGGAUUCUGCCGGUGGACAAGGAAAGGACCGAUUACUAGUUAAAGGAAAUAACAAAUUAAAUGUUCGUGAAGACAAUCAUGUAGCUGGUCCUUAUUCGUUGGCAAAGGGAAAGGGUUCAAGGGCACCAAGAUCUGGCUCUAGUAAUGCUGGAAGUUCAUCUCCUAAUCUUUCACGUAUGUCUGGAGGUCUUGAUGGCUGGGAACAACCUGCAAAUAAAUUUCAAUCAGUAAAUGGGGCUAACAAUCGCAAGCGUCCCAUUCCCAGUGGAUCAUCUUCUCCUCCCAUGGCUCAAUGGGUUGGCCAGAGGCCACAGAAAAUGUCCCGUACUAGAAGAUCUAAUCUAUUAACACCUGUUUCAAACCACGAUGAUGUGCAGGGGUCUGAAGGUUCUCCUUCAGAUUUAGGUGGUAGAAUGGCUUCACCUGUGGCGGGUGGUUCAUUUCUUGCAAGGAACUUGUCUAUUGGUAGUCAACAAGUUAGGGUGAAACAGGAAGUCGUGUCAUCUCCUGCCAGGUUAUCUGAGAGUGAAGAAUCUGGAGCUGGGGAAAAUCAUGAGAUUCAGUUGAAAGAGAGAGGAUCAGUGAAUGGGGAACCCGAAGAAAGAAUGUUGGUUCCUUCUGCUCAGAACAAUGCUUCUAACAUAUUUCAUUCAGUUAAGAACAAGGGACUUGACAAAGAAGAAAUUGGGGACUGUGCUAGAAGACAGGGAAGGAGCGGUAGGGGUUCAUCAUUUUCAAGGGUUUCUGUUUCACCAGCAAGGGAGAAACUGGAAACUCCGACCUUGACUAAACCACUUAAAAGUGCAAGGCUCGGUUCCGAGAAAAAUGGAAGCAAGUCAGGUCGUCCCCCACUGAAAAAGUUAUCUGAUCGCAAAGCCUUCACCCGAGUUUCACAAACAUCAGCUGGUGGUUCCCCUGAUUGUACAGGUGAAUCAGAUGAUGACCGUGAAGAGCUUCUAGAUGCUGCAAAUUAUGCUUGUAAUCCGAGCUAUGUUUGCUGUUCUAGUACAUUCUGGUGGAAAAUGGAAUUUUUAUUUGCUUCCCUCAGCCAAGAGGAUGAGUCCUUUUUGAAGCAGCAGAUAUCCCUAGACAAGAAUGAUGAAAGCUUCUCUGAAGUACUGGACCACGAGAAUACGAUUUCGGGUGCUUUUGGGGUAGAGGAAGAUUUAUCACCUCAAGCACUUGGCUCUGGAAGAAAAAGCCAAUUCUCAAUUAAUCAAAGCAAACCGCAAAUUCUGCCUAGAAAUGUUGAUCGGAUUGACGAAGCUGAGGACUUUGUUACUAUAAGUGGAAAACUAGAAUCAGAAAAGAGGAAAGCUGUUACUCCACUUUACCAAAGAGUAUUAUCAGCUUUAAUAAUUGAAGAGGAAAUUGAGGAUUUUCAAGACAGUAGAGGGACAAAUAUGUUUUCACAAUAUGGGGGUGAUGACUUUUCUGGUGUUCUGUAUCCCUCUGUUGAUUUUGAGCCUGGAAAAUCCGUUGGAAUGGGAAUUAAAUCUGAGUUGGAUCUAAAAACUUCGCAAAUUGCUGCUCGUAGAUUUUCUUGCAAUGGGAGAUCAAGGCGUGACGGUCAGUCGUUUAAUGCUGAUGUGCAUCAAGAAGAUCAUGGAUAUCAACAAUUAAAUAACGGAUACAUCCCUGAGCUUCAUGAAAAUGGUCUUGAUGGACCACUAGGCAUGCCUUUGAAGGAGUCUAAUGUCUCUGUCUUUAAUUGCCAGUAUGAACAGAUGUCUGUAGAGGAUAGACUCAUGCUGGAGCUCCAGAGUAUUGGAUUGUAUCCAGAGACAGUGCCUGACCUAGCAGAUGGGGAAGAGGAAACUAUGAAUCAAGAAAUUCUUGAGCUAGAGAAGAAACUUAACCAACAGGUUGCUAAAACAAAAAAUCACGGAAACAAGAUAAUCAAAGCAAUUGAGGAAGGCAGAAAAACAGAAGAACGGUCCCGUGAACAGUUUGCAAUGGACCGGCUUGUUCAGUUGGCUUGUUUAAAGCAGUUGGCCACUCGAGGCAGUAGUGCUGCAAAAUUGGGGAUCCCCAAGGUAUCAAAACAAGUUGCUUCAGCUUUCAUGAAAAGAACUCUUGCCAGGUGUCGGAGAUUUGAUGAUACGCAAAAAAGUUGUUUCAGUGAACCUGCACUCCGAGACAUUUUAACUCGACCUUCUAACCGAAUUGAUACAGAUGUUAUGAAUGGUUCCUCUUCCGGUGAAGCUUAUCCCAAUGGAGUGCAGAAUCAUAAAAGUGGAAGAGGUUUACUUCAUUCUUCUGACCAGGAUUUCAUUCGAACUGGGCCUAUAGUGAAUAGAGGGAAGAAGAAAGAGGUGUUACUUGAUGAUGUAGGAAGUGCUUGCAUGAGACCUGUAUCAACCGUGGGUAACAAUUCAUUAGGUGGAGCUAAGGGGAAAAGAAGUGAGAGAGAAAGGGAUAAAGAUAUGUCAGCUAGAUUAUGUGUUACCAAAGCUGGCCGUUCAUCUGCUGGGGACUUUAGGGCUGAGCGAAAAGCAAAAACAAAACCCAAGCAGAAGACAGCUCAGCUAUCUCCUGCAGGAAAUAGACUUGUAGGCAAUCUAACGGAUGGCACUUAUUCUGAUAACCCUGGAAGUAGGGUUUCCAAUGAAAUUGGCAAUGGCAACAUAAAAAAGGAAUUUACAGUGUUAUUGCCCCUUACUAAUGCUACUGAGGAUUCAUCGAAGGAAAUUGGUGAAUGUACAGAUUUCACAAACCUUCAGUUACAUGAUUUAGAUUCAAUAGAGUUAGGUGUGGGUAAUGAACUUGGUGGCCCCCAAGAUCUGGAUUCUUGGUUGAACAUUGACGAGGAUGGAUUACAAGAUCAUGAUGCAGUGGGCCUUGACAUACCCAUGGAUGACCUCUCUGAGUUGAAUAUGCUUUUAUAGUGAUUGUAUAGUGUACCUUUUUUUCCCCAUUUACUGGGGUUUUAGAAUUCUAUACUUUAGUUGGGUGGGAAGCUCUCAUGUAUAAGUUAAGCCUUUGACAGAUUGGCAUUUGUUAUCACUGUCAUUCAAUUCUUUCACUUCGGGGGGGGGGGUCAUAAUUGUUCAUGUAACCAGAUAACUUAUUUUAUAUGCAAACAAAAGAAUUUUCUCAGAAGACUUGUCUAUCAUGUUCUUUUCCCUUCA